AUGGCGCCUCAAAAACCCUCAAGCAGUAAACACUCCAAGAAGAAACAAGACUCAUCUUUUCCUCCUGCGCAUGAUUUAAAAGGGCCAAUGACCAUUGGAAAUCAACAGUAUGUUCCGGAACCUCCAAACGAAAAGGAAAAAGACUGCAUUUAUAAAUCUCAGAUCCCUGCUAAGAAAACUGCUGUCGAAGCAUCGCCCAGUACUGCUAAAAAGCCUUCGACAAAGAAUGAAGAGGAGAAAGAAGAGGAUAAAGUCCCUAAUGAAGAGUCUGGUGAUGAAUCUCCAGAGUUAAUCCCUCCCCCUCAGAAGAAAAAGAAACUCAUGAAGGUCUCCUCCCAAAGGUCCAUUGCUAACCCAACCAGGAAGGAUCCUGCCAGUGCUUCCUCUGCCAAGCCUCAGUCGAAAGAUAUGGGGAGUGGGAAGUCCAGUUUUAAUACUGAAAUUCCUGAGGAACAAGUGGUUGUCGAAAAAAUGCCUGAGAAAAUUCUGGAGGAAAUAGCCCCAGAGGCAGAUGUCUCCGCAAGUGACCAUGAUAUGCAAACCGUAGGAGAGUUCGACACCACUGUGGGUGAAGCCUCUGAAGACGAGUCUCCUCCUCAUCCAGGAUUACAUGCUGCACCUCAGGGUGAUGAUAUUGAAAUGGAGGUUGUGGUCGAAGAUACUCCUGAAGAUGAAGCUGCCAGAGAUGGGGACAAUCAGUCGAAACGAACAGAGGUCGAGCAUACUUCGACGCGAAGCACUCCACCUGCUCCUGACCGGGUCCAAGGGAGUAGCAAAUCAACUGGAUUCUUCUCAGAGUAG